AUGCCUUCAGCUCAACCGGAAACACCACCUUCAAUACGGGAGAAUCAGGUCCAAAACCUGUCUGAUACCGCCUCAUUCCAAAGCGAUUCUACAUUUAAAACUACCCCAUUGAAACCAUCAAGAAACAUUUCUUUCCAAAGCCCCAAUUUCUCAUCUAGAACAUCUAUAAACUCAUCCAUAUCAACAAAAAGAAGAUUUGACGAAAGAAUAAGGAGUAGGUUUAGUGAUAUUAUUAAACAUACAACACCACAGUUGGAUAUACAGGAUUCAGAUCAAGAUGAAGACCAAGAUGAUGAUGAUAAUGAUAAUGAUCACAAUGGGAUAUCAUCAAUAAAGUGGGCUAAUCUGAAAAAAUUGAAUGAUAUUUUACAAUCUAGUCAAUCAAAGCAAAAAUAUGGUGAUCCAACAUGUAUUGCACCAGGUGAUAUUGUUGCCAUUGGUACUUCAAAAGGUUAUACAUUGAUAUUUGAUUAUAAUCAAAAUCUUUUACAUUCAUUGGGUAAAGAUACCAAGGCUUUAACAUGUGGUGAAAUAACAUCAAUUUCUAUAUCAAUGGAUUCUACUCAUGUCGCUACCGGAUUUGAAUCUGGUGAUAUCUUUUUAUGGAAUAUUAAUUCAUCUGAUAAACCUAUCACACAUAUUCAACAUUUGAAUGAAACCAAUCUUAAUAGCGAUGGUCAUGUUUUGAACUCAUCAAUUAACAAUAUAACUUUUGUGGGUAAAAGACGCUCAGUUUUAAUAUCAACAGAUAUAGAUGGUCUUGUUUUUUAUCAUCAAUGUAAUAAAAGAAUUAUAGGAACAACAGUAUCAACCAGAAAGAUUUUGGGUAAUUAUCCUGGGUUAAUGAUACAAAAUCGUGUUACAAUAUUUGGAUGUGCUGCAUUGCCAUUAGGCCCAUCUGUUGAUUUUUUAGAUACACAAGGAAUCAUUGCAAUAUUAUCUGAUAAUGCAUUACUUAUAUUAUCCACAUCAAAUUCAAUUAAAACACAAUUCAAAACUGGGAAACCAAAAGUUUUAAAUGAAUCUCUAGGGAAAACUGGAUGUCUUUCAUGGUUCCCAUCAUUUAAAGGGAAAAAUGGAAUCAAAUCUCCUGCCAAAUUAGUAUAUUGCUGGUCAAAUGUACUCACUGUGAUUGAAGCAAGAGAAUAUAAUGAAGUAAUCAGUUGUGAAAUUAAAAAAAGAUGGGUAUGUGAUGAAGCAAUAUUAGGUGUUCAAUGGCUUAGUGAAUCAAUGAUUGGUAUCAUUACAAAAUCUCAACAAAUUAUUUUAUUAAAUGAAAAAAGUUUGAAACUUUCUUCAAAAAUUGAUUUAAUUUCAAAACAUAUUUAUAAAAAUAAAUCAUUAACUAAAAUUUCAUCUCCUCAAUCAAAUUAUCUUGGAAGUUAUCAAUCAUCUUUUAAAACUUUCAAAGGGAAAAUUUUCCUUGUUGGGAAAUAUGAAUUAUUUGUCGGUUCUAUACCAAAUUGGCUAGAUUUAUUAUAUGACCAAGUUAAUAAGGGGAGAUACAUUAAAUCUAUUGAUAAAGCUAGGCGCUUUUAUAUUGGAAAUGAAGAUUUAGAAGCUGUUGGAUUACCAGCAUCAGAUAAAGAUAGACAGCAACUUGUACUAAAGUAUUUAAUUGAUCUUGUUAAAGCAAGUGCAACUAAAAUCUUAACAUCUGGUAUGAAUGAAGAUCAAUAUGAAGAUCAAAUUAAUGAUUUUUUAUAUUCUUGUAUGAAGGCAUUUGCUUCAAUUAAUGCUGAUAUUGAAAAUUAUGAAGAAUUAUAUGAAAUUUUCAAAUUUAAUUAUCAAUCUGAUUUGUUCUUCAAUUCUUUAGAACCAUUUAUAUUAAGUGGGUUAGUUAAAACUCUUUCACCUUUAGUCUUAAAAGAUAUGGUUUCUUAUUAUAGUACCAAGGAAGAUAAGGAGAAAUUAGAACAAUUGAUUUGUCUCUUAGAUAUAAAGAGCUUAGAUAUUGAUUAUACCAUAAAUUUACUCAAAUCAAAUGGAUUAAGAGAUAGUUAUAUUUAUAUCUGGAAUAAACUUUUAGGUGAUUAUGUUACCCCAUUUGUGGAAUUUGUUAGAGAUAUCCAAAAUGGUCAUAGAGAUUCGGUUAAAGUAUUUGGUUAUUUAACUUAUAUUCUAACAGGAAGACAAUAUCCAACUGAAAAUUUCAUUGGUGGUGAUGAUGAAUUAGAUGCCAAAUUGACUUUAUACUAUGUUCUAUUUAAUGGAUCUUUCAUCACAUGGCCUCAAAAAAAUGGAGAGAAUAUACUUGUUGAUUCAAAUGACCAAUUAAAUUUCCCAUAUCUUUAUCUUUUAUUAAAUUAUGAUUCAAGUUUAUUUUUUGCAAUGUUGAAUGAAUGUUUUGAAGAUACAUUACUAAAUGAAGAUGAAUUAUCAAGUUCAGAAUGGAAAUUAAAAGUUAAUAGACAAUUUAUUAUUGAUAUAAUUAUUGAAUUAUUUUCAGAAACAGAAUUUUCUAAAGAGGCAAAAAUAAAUUUUUCAAUUUUCCUUUCAAGAAAUUACCCAAAAUUCAAACAAUUCAUUAGAUUAUCAGAAGAUGUAUUAGAAGAACUUAUAAAUGAUCUAUCACAGUAUAAUGACGAGGAAUUCAAAUCAGAUUGUGAACUAAGUCUUCAAAGCUUACUUUCAGUAUAUCAACCUGCUAAUAGAGAUGAAUUAUUACAAAGAUUUCAACAAGCAGGGUUUAAUGACGUUUUGAUGAAUCUAUAUGUAUCUGAUCAAAGGUACAGUGAUGUUUUAGAGCUUUGGAUAAGUAGUGAUAAAUCAGAUUCUAUUGAAACAAAUGAUGAAAUUUUGGAAAAAUGUUUUAAAUUUACAGAAAAUAAACCAAAUGAUCGAUUGAAGAUUCAACAAGUUGUUUUCAAUAAUUUUGCUAAAUUGGUUGAAUACAAUACGUCGAAAGUUGCAAGAAUUUUGAAUCAUUAUUCACCUAAAAGUCAUCAAACUGUUUUGAAAUUAGAGGAUUUACAUUUGAAACACCUUUAUUUAUCAUCAUUAUCUGAUUUAGAAUCAAGCGGGUUGUAUAAAAUGAAGUUAGAGGAAAGAGAUCAAUAUAUAGAUACACUUGCCAAAUUUGAUAAAAGAGAAUUGGAUAAGUAUAUCAAAUCUUUGAGUCCAUCUGAUUAUAAUUUUGAUCUGGCUUUAGAAUCCUUAAGAUCUUCAGGAGCUAUUGAAACGUUAAUUGAUCUGUUUACUAAACAAGACCGCUAUGAGGAUGCUUUGAAUGAAGUUUUAAAUCAAAUGGAGAUAUUGGUUCAUAGAUUACCAGAUGCUAAUAACAAAAGUAACAAGGAUGAUUUAAAGCAUUUAGAAGAACAAAUUUGGGGUCUUUUGUUCUGGGGUAUUUCAUUAUCAAAUCAUGAAGGUAGCACAACACAAACUAAAAACAGUGAUUCAUUAUCACUAAAUGAAAACCUGUGGUUGAAUCUUAUUAAAUUCACAGUAAAUCUUUUCAAAUUUUUUGAUAAAGAUGAAACAUCAACUAAAGUACUUGAUAUUAUGAAAAGAUUAGUACAAGAUUUAUUUUCAAAUUUAAUCAAUACAAGAGCUAAGAUCAAUAGUUUCAAAGUUAAUGAAGAAGGUAUAAAUGAGCAUCAAAGCUCAUUCUUGAAAAUUUAUGCUAAAUUUUUAGAAUCAUCUUCAACUAAAGUUACAUUAUUAGGUGAUGUUAGAUCAGUUACCAAUGAAAUUUAUUUAGCAUUUUCUUAUGAAAAGAAUGCAUUAGAAAUCACAGCACAAUUAAUUAACGAAGGAAUAUUCAAAAAUAUGGAAAAAUUGAAUGAUAAGAACCUUAAAGGCUGGUCUGUUCUACAUUAUGAAUGUGACGCUUGUGGCAAAACUAUUUGGGGUAGAGGUAUUGAAUCAGAUGCUUAUUGUAAAUGGGAAGAUAAACAGCGUGAAGAUCCACAAAAUCCACAAAAGGAGGAAGUCGAUCCAUAUUACUUGGUGAGCUUUAGUUGCCGCCAUCAAUUUCACAUGAAUUGUUUGAAGAAUCUUGGUGUUGGGAAAGAAUUAACUUGUGUUAUUUGUGACACUGAUAAUCAAAAAAACUAA